AUGGCGAACAAGACUUGGUGGAAUUCACGACUUAACACUGAUCUCCAGAAAUAUGGCAACCUGAAAUCAACAGCAAAAAGAGCAGUAGCUGCAGCAAAAGACCAAUAUUACCAGACACUGUAUGACCAGCUUGACACACCAUUGGGAGAAAACAACAUGUACCGUCUUGCUAAGUCACAUCACCGUUCAACUGAGGACAUUGGACACGUCAUGCACAUCAAGGAAGCCGACGACAACCUGCUAAGAGAUAGACAAUCUAUUCCCCAGAGUUGGACAGAUUACUUUCAUAACAUCAGCAACAAAGAGUUUACGCAUCCACCUAAUCCUAUCGUAGGACCCGACCCCUCAAUAACACCUGAGGAAGUAAUGCUUGCCAUUAGCAAGAUGAAAAAUGGAAAAGCAGCUGUUUCAAAUGACCUACCAGCGGAAAUCUGGAAAAUCCUCGGAAAGCCUGCUUCAGAAUUCCUUGCCUCGCUCUUCAAGCGCAUCAUCGUCGAAAAACAGCUUUCACAAGCAUGGACAUCUAGCAUCACACUCCACUCUGGAAGGGAAAAGGAGACGUGA